CGGCGUGCUCUGGCAGAACGAGAGCCGAUGAUCUAAUAAUAAUGCAGAAAUUGAGGUCGACGAGCUAAGCAAAUCCGCAAAAAAUGCAGUUAGAGAUAGAGCUGGGUAUCCCGCUUGACAGAACCACUUUGUCCUGGUCGAGGAUCAGAACAUAAGAAGAGUCUUUCAUUCAGGAGGGAGAUGCAAAAAUGGCUCGCGUCAUUGUUGUGUGGAACAUGCCUGCUAUAUGCCACGCGUACAUCUGUCCCCUUAUUGAUACCUAUCGUCAGUCAGGAAAGGAACUGGUCGAAAUCUGAUUCAGGCAUAAUAUUAUCAAGCUUUUUCUGGGGAUAUACACUGACGCAAGUAGCCAGUGGCUAUAUCAGCGACAAGAUCGGUGGGCAGAGAGUACUAUGGAUAUCUGCCCUCGGUUGGUCGGCGACGACCUUCUUCAUGCCAGAAAUCAUAGAAUUCUUCUCUGAAGAUGGGACCUCAGUCUUACUCGUUGCAGUAGUAAGAAUGAUAAAUGGAGCAUUCCAAGGAAUGCAUUUUCCUAGCAUGAUUAGCUUGAUCAGUCAAUGCUUGCCUGAGAAGGAUAGAGCCUCCUUCUUUAGCUUAAUAACAACAGGAUCUGCUAUGGGCACUCUACUCACUGGGUCUCUAGGCUCAUACCUUCUGGACUAUUAUAACUGGCUAACUGUUUUUCGAGUGUUAGGGGGCAUGAGUUUGGCUUGGACAGCUUUAUUAAGCUACUACAUUCUGCCUUUUAAGGCAAAAGCUUCUACUAAGUCAAAUACUAAUUACACUUUACCUUGGUCCAAACUAUUGUCCCAACCUGCUUUCUGGUCUUGUGUCAUCGGACAUGCUUGCCAAAAUAACUGUUUCUUCGUAUUACUUUCAUGGAUGCCUACAUAUUUCCACGAUACAUUUCCUGAAGUUAGGGGUUGGAUUGUAAAUAUGGUGCCUUGGCUGUCAAUGGUACCUUGUACAUUCUUGGGUCAAUCUCUGUCAGAAGAGAUUAUUAACGCUGGCUAUUCCGUGACUGUGACACGUAAAAUAAUUCAGACAAUUUGUUUUGUCAUUGAAAUUGGAAGUCUAUUAUUCUUGACAAACAUAGAUAGUUUUCAAAAUGCAAUACUUUGUCUUGCACUGAUUAUCGGUGGCUCAGGAUUCCAUAAUAACGCUAUCGCUGUAAAUCCCUCGGAUCUUGCACCAAAUCAUUCUGGCAGUGUAUUUGGCUUAAUGAACACUGUUGGCGCAAUACCUGGUUUUCUAGGUGUAUAUUUUUCCGGACAUAUUCUACACAUUACACACAGUUGGUCCGCUGUCUUUUUGUUCAUAGCUGUCAUUGAUGCAUUAGGAUGUAUAAUGUAUUUAUUAUUUGGUUCAGGCCAAGCGAUUAUAUAAAUGUUGUAAAAUAAAAAUAAAUGGGUAUAAAUAUUAAA